AACGACCUUAAGGGUUAAUUAAAAAGAGAUACAAAAGUACUAUAAAAACUCAAGUUCCGAAAAAUAAAACAACAUUCGAAUCUUUUUAUUCGCAAUGGCACCAAUAAUCGAAGUUGUCACUGAAAGAGUAACUUUAGGUGAAGGUCCUCAUUGGGAUCCAUACAUCCAAAGUCUUUUUUAUGUCGACAUCUUAGGACAAAGUGUCCAUAAAUAUACUCCAGCAACAAACACUCACACACAAACUUAUAUUGAAGGAGGACCAGUAUCUUUACUCGUACCAGUUGAAGGUCACUCUGAUCUUUUCUUAAUCAGUAUAGGUCGGAAAUUAGCCGUAAUAACCUGGGAUGGUGUAAGUGAAAAACCAUCGAAGAUUGAAACGUUAAUUGAAGUUGAAAAUGAACCGGAAACUCGCGGGAAUCGUUUUAACGAUGGUAAAGCUGAUCCUGCUGGAAGAUUAUGGGCGGGAACUAUGGGACCUGAGCCAGAAAUUGGAAAAUUAGAACCGGAAAUGGGUAGUUUGUACACGUUAAUUGGAAAAGCGGAGGUAAAAAAGCAUUUAUCGAAAGUUAGCAUUGCUAACGGGUUGGCUUGGAAUACCAAAUUGAAGAAAAUGUAUUAUAUUGAUUCACCAAAAAGAACUGUUGAUCAAUACGAUUAUGACAUUGUUAAAGGAACUAUAACCAAUAGAAAGGUGAUUUUUGAUUUGGAUUCCCAUAAAAUUCCCGGUGUUCCCGAUGGGAUGACUAUUGAUACAGAUGGAAACUUAUGGGUUGCCGUUUUUGAUGGGGGUUGUUUAUUACACAUUAAUCCAAAUACAUCGGAAUUAAUUAAAAAGCUUACUUUUCCUUGCAAACAAAUAACUGCAGCAGCUUUUGGAGGACCCAAUUUAGAUGAACUCUACGUAACCAGUGCUAGAUUAACCGUGAAAGGUGUUGAACAAAAAGAACCUGCUGGGGCAGUUUUUAAGGUUACUGGAACUGGUGCUCGGGGGAUUCCAAAUUACAAAGUUAAUUUAGAUAAUUUGAAAUAAUUUUGAUGUUUAAUGCAGUAAAGAAUCAAUUAUGAUUGAUUUUUAGAAGGGUUAAUAAACAAUAGUCAUA